ACUGUAGACUACUAUUGGUAUUGAUAUUGAAUUGAAUGUAUUAUUGAGUAAAUACUAUAUAAUUGUUAUAAUUAUAAACAAUACAUAUCUUAACCGUAAUCUAAAUUGUUUGCAAUUGUUUGAUGUAAUCAAUGGUUUGUAAGUGAAUGGAUUGUAUGGCGUAUGGCGUGAAUGGUAUACACUAUACACAUAUUGAUAGUGAAUACUAUAUACAGUAUAAGUGAAUGAGUGAAUGAAUGGGCAAAUAGUGUAAUCAAAGUGCCAUUACUUAUGCUUAAAGCGCUGAGAAAGCACUUAAAGGCCUCUCAAAAGAGCACUUCGUUUAUGCAAUACAUGAAGAUUAAUAGGAAAGAGGAACAAUUGGAUCAGUUGGACAACAAUUGGAUUAACUUCAGAAAUAUCGAUGAUUUGGCCAAUGAUUUGGUCGAACAUAACGUUUAUGGCAAAGGCUUUGACUUAAUUAAUACCAAUAAUAUAAGUAAUUGUAAUGAAAACUAUUAUUGCAAUUAUAAACACGAGAGACAAACACAUGAGAAGAAGAGAAUUGAAUGUGAGAUCAAAGAUGAGACCAAAAUCAAAGACGUGGAAGCGAUUCAACUCAAUCGCCAACACUUGCAUGCAUUGCAUCGCUUCAGAAGACAUAAGAAAAGAGGUAUAUCAUGUGAGAAGGAUGUGGUGAUUAGUUUUGUACCCAAGACUCGAGUAUCGAUUGUAAAUAAACGCGAUUUUUACUAUCGUUUUGGCAAAGAAGAAGAGGAAGCGAUGGCUUGUUUUGAUUUUUUGAAUCAUAUUCAAUGUGAUAACCAUUGUAUUGAUUGCAAUGAAUCGGACUCUAGUGAUGGGUCGCCGUGUCCUUCAUGUCCUUCGUGGCCGAGCAUUGAUUUGAGAGGUGAUAGCGAUGUGGAGGUGAUAUCUGAGGACAGAAAUAGUCAAUUGUCUUUAAGUGAUUCUUGUGUUGAAUAUUAUGAUUCUAGUGAUUAAUAACAUACAGUAUAUUCAUAUAUAAAUAUAUAUCUAUAUAUAUUUCUAAAUAACCAAAACUUUGUGGCAUUUGUUGAUAAUUAAGAGUCUAUCAAAUAAUUAUUUAAUAUAACCCAAGAAACUAAACAUUAUUAUUAUUUCAUAUAAAUAUCGAAUUAGCAUUCAUUCCAAC